AUGAUCAAAUCUAAUGGAUCUGGAUCCGGGAGCUUUGCCACUGCCUCUACUCGAUCAGACAAGGAGCUCAUCUUCGCCAGCAACAAUGAGAUCGCGAGGCUCGCGCGCGCUGGCGAGCUCGCUCAGUGCAAAAGAGCCUUCGAUGCAAUGCCACAGCGCGACAUCGUCUCCUGGAACGCGAUCCUGGCGGUUUACGUCCGGCCAGGGGAUUUGAAGCGCUCGGAAGAGAUUUUCAAUCGGAUGCCCGAAUGGGAUGUUCUCACCUGGAACACGAUGCUCGCAGCAUUUGCCCACAGCGGGCAAUUUCUGCGAGCCAAAGAACUGUUCGAUCAAAUGCCAGAAAAAACCAUCGCAACCUGGAACACUAUGAUCUCUGCGCACUCACAUGCCGGGAAUUUUUCUUCCGCGAUGGAACUCUUCCAAGGAAUGCCGGAGAGAAACACUGUUUCUUGGACGAGCAUACUAACCCUAUAUGCCCAUAAUGGGCAUUUGCUUUUGGCAAAGAAGGUGUUUACCCUAAUGCCAGAAAAGUCACUAGUGUCCUGGACGGCUAUGGUGUCUACUUUCGUUUCAAACGCAUGUAUCGAGCAAGCAAAGAGAACUUUUGAUUUGAUGCCACGGUGGAAUGUAAUCUCUUGGAACACUCUUCUUGCGGGAUUUGCCCAAGAAGGGCAAAUUGAUCAAGCAAAGCGGCUCUUUGACCUAAUGCCGGAGCACGAUCUCGUGUCCUACACCAGCUUGAUUGGCGCGUACAGCCAAAUCGGCGAUCUGCCAAGAGCGAAGCUAGGGUUUGAUCGAAUGCCACAGAGGGAUCUUGUGGCGAUGAAUGCGCUGCUCGCGCUCUACUCCCAGCUCGGCCGCCUGGGCGAGGCGCUGCGAUUCUUCCACGCGAUGCCGGAGCGCGACAUCUCUUCUUGGAAUUCGAUCUUGCUCGUCUACUCCCAGGCCGGCGCCAUCGAUCAGGCGGAGGCGCUGUAUCGAUCGAUGCCCGCUCGAAAUAUCGCGACGUCCUUGUUGAUGAUCGCGGCCUAUGCGCAAGUCGGGAGGCUGGAUCGAGCGGAGGAGACCUUCGAUCGAAUGCCGAUGCGCGACGCCCAGGCUUGGAACUCCAUGCUGGCGGCGUUUGUCCACAGCGGCGAUCUGGACAGGGCCAAGGCGAUUUUCGAGGCAAUGCCAGAGAAAUCCACCUCCGCCUACACGACGAUGAUCGCGGCCUUUGCCGCAAGCAAGCAGCUAGAACAGGCCACGGCGAUCUUCGACGAAAUCCCCGCCCGGGACACCAUCGCCUGGAAUUCGAUUCUCUCGGCCUACGCCUGGAACGGCCACAUCGAUCACGCCAAGCGCUGCUUCGACCGGAUCCCAGCACAGGACACCGCCUCCUGGAACGCGAUGAUCACGGCCUGCGGCCACUCCUCGCGCGGCGACGAGGCCAUCGCGAAUUUCCAUCACAUGGAGCUCCAGGGCGUGAUCCCGGACGAGACGACGAUGAUGAACGUCCUGGCGGCUUGCAAUCACGUCGGCCUGGUGGAGAAGGCGCUCUCCCUGUUCGUCCUCAUGAGGGACGAGCAUGGAAUCCGUCCCGGGCGCGAGCAAUUCGCGUCGAUGAUCGACAUCCUCGCGCGAUCCGGCCAAGAAGAGCGAGCUCGCGAGAUUUCCAAGCGCACGCCACCAUUCGCGCCCGAGGUCACACAGAGGAGCGCCCUCUUGAAAGCUCUGGCGACGCCAUAG